AUGUCAUUGGUCGCAAUAGGUGCAUGCUAUCUGGAUACAAUCCUAACAACCCCCCACUACCCAGGAGAAGAUGAGAAGCUACGGGCUUCGAGUAUCUCCCAUCGACGGGGAGGUAAUUGCCCAAACUCUCUGGAAGUUCUAAAGCAGUUGACAACGAACAGUCCGUCAACUGCCAAUGUCUCCCUGAACCUUAUUGCUGAGAUCCAGUCGGCAUUCAAACCGCACGUUAACCUAUCUCAUUGUAUCUUUCGAGAGGCCUUCAAUGAGCCCGCCUCAAGCUACAUCAUUAAAAGCGAAUCGUCUGGCAGUCGGACCAUUGUCAACUACAAUGAACUGCCUGAGAUCACGGUAGACGAGUUUACCCAGAUUGCAGGCAAUCUCACCAACCCAUCCUGGUUCCACUUUGAGGGUCGGAUACCUGAUAUAACUCUAUCAUGUAUCCAAUAUCUCCGUCAACAGUACCCAUCCGCGACUAUCAGCGUCGAGGUUGAGAAGCCUGGGCGUGAGGGUCUGCAAAACCUCGCAGCGGAAGCCGACAUCGUGUUCUACUCGAAGAGCUGGGCUCAAGGCAACGGAUACCAAACUGCUGAAGAGUGUGUUCAGAAAGAAUCCACACUAACACGAAAAGCGUCGUUGCUGUGCUGCACUUGGGGUCAAGGAGGUGCAGUGGCCUUUGAGACCAAGACACAGAGUCUGGUUCAUAGUCCUGCAUACUCUGCAGCAAACUUUCGAGUCAUCGACCCGAUCGGCGCAGGUGAUACUUUUAUAGCCGGCAUGCUAUACGCACUAAUCUGUCGAAGAAAUGAAUGGAGCCUAUCUCAGAAAUUGGGCUUUGCGAAUCGACUUGCUGUGAAAAUGUAUUAUGGUGGGAUCAAGAGUAGGAGAGCAAGAUUUAUUAAUAAUGCAGCCGCUAUGCUUAUCGAUGAACUGAGAUCGACCAUUUAA